AUGAUGGGAAAUAUUGCCAUUCGUCGCCCGUUCGAGUACAAGAAGUUUUGCUUUGCCUCUGGCAUGCGAACAAGGCGGUGCUUCAACGUUGCUAUUCAGCUUUUGACAACCGAACAUGCUGGUAACAAGAUCUCGAGCAAUACGGACUCUAGCGACUUGAGUAGUGACCAAGAGGCGUUGGCCAAGGCGAUCGGCGAGGUCGAGAGGUGGAUGAAGCAUUUGAAGACGCAGCAGCAGACGCAGACGCAGAGGUUGAAAGAAGCAAAGAAGCUAACAUUGCUAGACUAG